CUGCUAUGGGAUCGUUUGAUUCUCAGACAGGCUAUGGAUUAGUUGUUACAAAUACGGCAGCUUAUGUAUUUUCAUAUCUUCAUUCAGGACCUGAUCAUCAUCCUGUUACAUUGACAUUUCCGUUACCUCAAGAUAUGGCAAAAGAUAGAUUUUUGAACAAGGAUGUUCUUCCGUUGGGGGCUUUAGUUGCACCAUGUGCAGGGAGUGAUGAACCGGGUCUUGUUAUUAUUAUGCCUAUUUCUGGACGAAUAGCAUAUUGGGAAUCUAUUGGGGGUGCUAUUGCGGAAGGAUUAAUACAUAAAAAAAGUAUUGAAGGUCGGAUUCCUCUUGUUUCUGGGGAAAUGUGUGUUUGUCUUUGUAAUGCGGAGCCUGCAAAUUUUGUAUUAGCAACAUCUUCAGGGAAGCUUUUGCAUUUGUCUCUUGUGGAUUCAUCAGCACGUCUUCAUAUCGGAUUAUUGAAUAUGACUAGUUCUUCCGGAAUAGGUGGAUUAUUUAGCAGUCUUACUGGAGCGUUAUGGUCUGCUACGACCAGACGGGACAUUUGUUCUAUAAAUGCAGGUGAACUUAAAGGUCGUGGUACUAGAGAUGUAAUUGUGUGCACCAAGCGAGGUACGGUUAGUAAAUGGGAAGUAACUAGAAGUGGAUAUGCCAAGUUGAUUUUAGAGAAGAAUUUAUGGAAUUCAAUGGUAGAAAUUUUGAUAUCAACGUUAAAUAUUUCACUUUCAAUGAUCGAGAAGUCGCUUCAAAUAUAUGAUAUUAUGCCAAUACCCAAUUCUACCUCUUUAGUUCUUAUUUUGGCAUCUUUUUUUGUUUCACUUGAUAGUCCAAAUUAUGUUUUAUUUAUUUCUGAUCUCGAAUCUACAACAUUGAAGGUCACAUCGGUUCAUUUGUUGCAAUAUCAUGGAUUGUAUUCAGAUUUAUUGUUUCAUCCUAGAAUAUUGAUACCGAAGCCUGGUGAUAUGACUAUUAUAGUUUUUUCGGAUGCAUUAUAUCUUAUUUUAACUCCCACUGAGGCAACUUUUGACUCUGAAAUUUUAUUUGAAGAUAUUAUUACUUUUAAUAGAGAAAAUCGUGUUCAGAUUUUGGCUGCAGGUUAUGAAGAUUCAUUAAUUGAUCCUUCAUCAAAAAAGAUAAUUCGUAAUCCAAGCGUUUUAGUUGCAACGAAAAAUGCUGGUAUUCUUAGAUGCGAAACAUUUAAAAUAACGCGGCUUCAUAAAGAUUUAAUAUCUCGUAAAAAUAGAAGAAAGUUAGAUCAAGCUGUUUUUUACGGAUUUCUUGAGGGAAAUCCUAUUAAUUUCUGUUGGACAAGUGAAUAUGACAUUGAAAAUAUACAGGCUGUCGCUAUAAAUCUGAGUCAUGAUAUAUUAACAUCAGUGUCUAAAUACCAUUCAUCUUCCUUUAUUCCUCUUGAAAAUGAUCUAUUUUUGAAAUCAUUAAAUCUUUCAAGACUUAGUGAAUAUCUUUUGUUUAAUUUCGAUUCAAUUAAUUCAGAAACACGUUGGAAAUUGUGUUGGGAUGCCGAAAAGUGUGAAAGUGCACAAAAUCUUUGGUCUAAAAUUAAUACUCGUUUAACGAAAGUUGAAGAUAAUAUUAUAAAUGAUAUAAUAAAAAGUUUGGUAACUAAAGAAACAGGCAAAAAUGUAAUUCGUUGGUGGUUUCAAAAAGGAUUGCAAAAUAUUGCAUGUAUUGUUUCUAAAGCUUACAAAUGUUGUCUAGAUGUGAUAUCAUUAGUAGAAAAAGAUGGAUUAAGAGUUCUAAAAACUAUAGUAGAGGCAAAUGAAAUUAUACUUGCAAUACUUGUUUCUGCUCAGAAAUUUCGUAAAAAGAGAGCUGAAUUUUUGAAAUUGAACGAGCCUUUGCAUUCUAAUGAUAAUUCACUAUUACCAUGGACUUCAAGUUCUGAUAUUUUAUCAGUGCUUUCAAAUCAAUAUAAUCUUACAAAUGCAAUUAUGUUAGAAUUUAAAAGAGAUAAUUUGCUUUUAGAAGAUAAAGUUCAGAACACCCUAAAUUCUGUUGAAUCUAUGAAAAUAAGUUUAAAAGAAACCCUUGUUACUCAAUUGAUUGAUUUGGCUGAGCUAAUAUGUUGUUCAUUUGAGGAAAGAAUACUUUGGACAAAGUCUAUUCAAAUGAAUUCUCUAGAUGAUGAAAAGAAGCAUAUAGAAGAGAAAUAUCUUUCUUCAAGAGGCAAUUGGAUUAAAUUCUUAGCCGAAAUUGAUAAAUUAGAUAAGUCGUUUGAAAUAGCAGAAAAAUAUAGGGAUUUUCGGACACUAGUGGAAUUGUGCUAUGAGACUGAUGAUAAAAAUAUGGAUUAUAAUUGGAAUGAUCAGGUUACAAGAAGGAUAAAUUGGUAUUUAUAUACCUUUAAAGAGGAAUUUGCAGAUGUUUUAUAUCGUUAUUUUAUAGAAAAAGGUCAUCUUUUUAAUUUACUUGAAGAUUUUUCGGAUUAUCAUUAUUAUUUGUCUCGAUUUUUUGAUUCUGGAAAUUAUGGAAGAAUAUCAUGGAUGCAUGAAAUUAGUACGGAUAGAUUUAAAGAUGCUGGAAACACUUUGUAUAAUAUUGCAAAAAACGAUGAAAUUUUUGUCUUUAAUAAAAGGGUUGAAUUAAGUAUUUCUAAAUUAUGUUUUUUGGAAUACCUUGAAUCACAUAAUAUGGAGAAAAUAAACUGUUUACCGUUGAUUAACAUUGAGUAUCAAUUAGAAGCACUACAGAUACAAGCUUCUCUUUUAGAUGAAAUUAGAUCAUUUAUAGAAAAUGCUAUUGAUAUUGAUGCGGCUGUCGAUCUUGUUGUUGAGAAAAUAGGGCAUUCUUUGAAAAAACGUCCUGCUACAAAAAUAGUCUUUAAACGAGCUUUAAAAAAUCUAAUUCUUGAAAAAAUAUUGGAUCCAGAGGAUCUUAUAGAUUUACUAACAUUAAAAGAUAAAAAAACCACUUCCUAUGGGAUAUCUGCUAACGAGUAUUAUUCAGCAUUAAAAGUUCUUAAUAGCUCUCAAUUACCUUUAAUUCGACAUCAAUCUGUUGAGAAAACAAUUUGGAGACGUAUAUUUAUUGCAAAUGAUUGGACUAAAAUUUUGGAUACAAGAAAUAAAGCUGAUACUUCUGUAGAAGCUGACACAAAAUAUACUGCACUCUAUGAAACAAUAAAUUUAUGUGUUAUUUCUCAAUUCUUUGAAAAUUCUAAUAUUUAUCCAAUUUCUCCAAAAAACGCUUAUUUCGACCCAAAAUUAGAUGAUCUUCGUUCCAGAUUUUCUAAAAAUACUCACGACUCUGAAAUUAAUGCUUUUUCUAACGAAUUACUUAAGGAAAAUCAACUUUUAGAUAAAUAUGAAGUCAAAGCUACUCUCGAUUCUUGGUUUAUUGCUAUUAUGGAAGCCUUAAAACUUCAAAUCCCUCCAGAUAAUCAAAAAACUUCUUAAAUAUCUUA